GGCAGGGAGGUUAAGAAGCCGGCAUGGCGCUCGGGUCAAUAAAAUCGAUAGCUGGAAUCUGCCUGUGUUCUAGGCAGCGGCGGUGCAGGAGCGGCGCCGCCAUCUUCCCCGAAGGCAUCUUCCGGUGCCUGUCACCCAAGUUCCAGCGGGAGUUUCCUGAAUAACGGUGUGGUCGGCGUUGGGCCGCCUGUCCCCUCCGGCGGCAGAUUCGGAUUUCCUCCGGGCCUUCCCGGCCGGGCUCCCAGGUCUCGGGGUGCGCGGUGCCCGGGCAAGGCGGGGACGCAGGUCCGAUGGCGCCGCCUCCGGCUCCGCUCCCCGCGCGGGCACCCGGAGAGACCGGACCUACUCGGAGAAGGGGCAGGAGGCCAAGAGCCUUGAAGUUCGCGGACGUGGCCGUGUACUUCUCCUCGGAGGAGUGGUGCUGUCUGCGGCCCGCGCAGCGGACUCUGUACCGGGAUGUGAUGCGCGAGACCUACGGCCUCCUGGGCGCGCUCGGAUGUGCAGGUCCCAAACCAGCUCUCAUCUCCUGGUUGGAACGAAAUACCGAUGAUUGGGAGCCGGCAGCCCUAGAUCCGCUGGAGUACCGGAGUUGGGUAACAUUCCAGAGAAAAACCAGAACCAGACAGAAGAAUGAAGAGAAGGAAAUUUUCCCACCGAAGGAAGCACCCCGAAAGGGGAAGCGUGGGCGGAAGCCCAGCAAACCUCGGCUGAUUCCCAGGCAGACAUCUGGGGGCCCCAUCUGCCCUGACUGUGGCUGUACCUUCCCUGACCACCCCGCCCUGGAGAGCCACAAAUGCGCCCAGAACCUGAAGAAGCCCUACCCUUGCCCGGACUGUGGGCGCCGCUUUUCCUAUCCAUCACUGUUGGUCAGUCACCGGCGGGCACACUCUGGUGAGUGCCCUUACGUUUGUGACCAGUGUGGCAAACGUUUUUCCCAGCGGAAGAACCUGUCUCAGCACCAGGUCAUACAUACAGGCGAGAAGCCCUACCACUGCCCUGACUGUGGCCGCUGCUUUCGACGGAGCCGGUCCUUGGCCAAUCACCGGACCACGCACACGGGCGAGAAACCCCAUCAGUGCUCGAGCUGUGAGCGUCGCUUCGCCUACCCAUCUCUGCUUGCUAUCCACCAGCGGACGCACACUGGAGAGAAGCCCUAUACCUGCCUAGAAUGCAGCCGUCGCUUCCGCCAGCGCACUGCCCUGGUCAUCCACCAGCGCAUCCACACCGGAGAGAAGCCUUACCCCUGCCCCGACUGUGAGCGGCGCUUUUCCUCCUCCUCUCGCCUGGUUAGCCACCGGCGUGUGCACUCUGGGGAGCGGCCCUAUGCCUGUGAGCACUGUGAAGCCCGCUUCUCCCAGCGCAGCACCCUGCUCCAGCACCAGCUCUUGCACACAGGCGAGAAACCCUACCCCUGCCCGGACUGCGGACGUGCCUUCCGAAGGAGCGGCUCCUUGGCCAUCCAUCGCAGCACCCACACGGAGGAGAAGCUGCACGCUUGCGAGGACUGUGGCCGCCGCUUUGCCUACCCCUCGCUGCUGGCCAGUCAUCGGCGUGUGCACUCAGGCGAGCGGCCCUAUGCCUGUGACCUGUGCUCCAAACGCUUUGCCCAGUGGAGCCACCUGGCUCAGCACCAGCUUCUGCAUACGGGGGAGAAGCCUUUCCCCUGCCUUGAGUGUGGCCGAUGCUUCCGACAGAGGUGGUCUCUGGCUGUCCACAAGUGCAGCCCCAGCACCCCCAAUGGUAGCCCUAGACCUGUUAUAGGAGGGCCCGGUCAGAGGAGCAGUACCCUUUAGCCUGGCAAAGACUAUGGAAGGUCACUUUAUGGAAGGGUUCAGAGGUCACACAGAGCGGGAGCAGAGCUAAAACCCUGGUCCCCUGCUCCACAUUCUGAACUCCGGUGUAGUCCCUCACACUGGCUCCUUACAGCACGUCUAGAACAGUUAUCAGGAGAGAGGAUUCCAUUUGAUUAAAGUUCUCCAAGCUAACCUAUCUAAAAUAACGUGGGUGUGUUUCUACCCCAAUCUCUGUAGGGCUGCCUUCUUAGUUUGUGUGUAUAGACUCCAUUCAGUCAGGAAAACCUCAUUUGUAGAGGGCAGAACCUUCCCGGCUCUGCCUCUGUCUCCAUAUCACGGAAAACCCACUCCUGCCAAGUGGUAGGCCUUUGCUGCAAACUGCCGAGUUCCCUACCUCACAGGGCAGCUCACCUCGUGGGCUGGUGCUAAUCUCUUCAAGGCUGUACACCGCAUUCUCCCUUGGAAACCUGGCCUGGAAAAUGUUUAGUAGUUUACCCACACGGUGGUUCUUCAGAAAACCUAACCGCAGCUACUUUGUGCCCAAGUAGGUCACCUUUGUGCGUGUGUGUGUGUGUGUGUGUGUGAGAGAGAGAGAGAGAGAGAGAGAGAGAGAGAGAGAGAGAGAGAGAGAGAGAGAGAGAGAGAGGGUGGUCUCACUGCCACAAGUAAUUCUCCCACCUCAGCUUUCUGAGUGGUUGGAGGCUGGUGCGGGUGCCAGCACAUCUGGCUCUCGUUAAGCAUUCUUAAAAGGUGUAUAUACAUAUUUAAAAGAUUUAUUUAUUUUUAUUUUAUGUGUUUGAGUGUUUUGCCUGCAUGUGUAUCUAUGCACCAUUCUUGGGCCUGGUGCCCAAGAGAUGCCAGAUGAGGGCAUCAUAUUCCUUGGAGCUGGAGUUGGGAGCCACCAUGGCAGCUGGGAAUGGAACCCCAGGUCCUCUGGAAGAGCAUCCAGUGCCCUUAACGGCUGAGGAAUCAACACCAGCCUCUGGUCAGUCAUUCUUUGAAGAGUGGCUCUCAGGUCCCCCAUGUGAACUCUCCAAGUGGCUGUUUUCAGUGCCUCUUCUUAAGGAUCAUACGAAACUAACAGCACCGCUGUGUAUCCAGUGAGCCCCUCAAUCUGUGUUGUUUUUAUUUACUCCGGCAGCACUGAUGUGGGGGGAGGGGGAUGCCAGUGUGCUUGUUGGGUUCCAGACCGCUAAACGCCCUACCCUUUCCUUUUAGAGAUGUGAUAAGACCAGUUCAUCUUCAUCACACUUGGGAAUUGGUUCAGGCUGGGUCUGAGGCACCAGCGCAGGAAGCUGGGAGGUUUGACUACUUUGUUCUUGUUUUUGGU